UAUACAUUUACAUUAUUAUGAAUCUGUAUAACAUGAAAACACUGAAUAAUCCACUUCCCCUAAGUAAAGCUGAAGAGUUAUUGAAAACUACUGAAAUUCCAUUAGAAGAACAAAAAGUGAUUCGAGAGCAUCAAUUACGCCAUUUAGCUUCACCAAUGAACAGAAACUUAUGUCAUGUUAUUUAUGAUGAUGGUGUACACAGUGAUUGUUGUAUAUGGUCACCUGAUCCGUUAAUCAAUGGUCCAGCAAGAUGUGGUUGUUUUAUGGCUACUAUUCUAGCUAUAUUCAGUAUCAUAUUAUUACUUAUUGGGAUAAUUUUAACCAUACUGCAUUACGUAAUCGGUAUGGAAUUUUACACAAUAAAUCGUGGUCAAACUAUUGGUCCAUUACUAUUAGGUCUCACAAUUAUACCACUUAUAUUCAUGAUCUACUUCAUAUGUAUAGCUAAGCAUAAAAUAGCUGAUUAUGUUGAACAGCUAUCAUUGAAUUACCUUGCCAAAGAACGAAUAGCUUAUAGACAACAUCAGGAUGAUAUUGACUUAGUUAUGAGGAGAUUUAAUUAAUAUAACCCAUACAUACAUGUAUAUUCUAAUAGUUGGAUUCAUGAUUUAAUUGAAGCUAGACCAUUAUGGAAAACUUGGACGCACUGGACUGCCGUUUCGUCCUAGUAUGGGAUUCGCCAGCAGUACGCACAUAUAUAUAUAUAUAUAUAUAUAUAUGUAUAUAUAUAUAUGCCUAUCAAUACAAAAGUACUUAUCAUGUCCAUGGUUGUAAUAUGUCGUAGCCUUUCUGUCAAACUGUUCUUUACAUCAUUUCAGGCAGAAUUAGCACGAAGUUCAAUUGGAUUACAAAACUCAUCUAGAUACAGUUAAUAAACCAAGAAAUAAAAGUAUACACUGGAUGUAUUAAUCUCAUUCAACAUUGGAUCAUUUUGUGAAUUUGAUUUAAUUCAUUUUGUAAUUUACAGUUAUUAAUCCAUUCAAUGUAAAACAUUAUCGAAGUGAACUUUAUUUAUGAAAACAUUACAGAUGUAAGAAUUUUAAAAAAAGAAAGGUGUAUUCAUUCUUGAUAUCUCUUUUUCUUUCUUAUAUUAAUGUAACCGUGGAGAUUCAGUUUCUUGUACAUACAUCAUUAUUUUUAAAUGUUUUUUCUGUUACUAACUUUAAUAAAAUCUAGAGAUGAUAUUCAAAGAUGGAUAUUCGUUAGCAGUGGAAUCCAGGACGCGUGUUUGGUUUUAUUCGGGAAUUGUCAGCUGGAUGAACCUGCAUCCCAGAGUUAGUGUUCACUCCUGGACUCGAACCUAGUGCCGUUCGCUUCAAAUGCUGUCGCGUUAUCCACUUAGCUACUAAGUCAUCAAAGGCACUUGUGAAUGGUACUGAGUUCGAGCCCCAGAGUGAACAUCAGCUCUGAGAUUCAGGUACAUCCAACUGACGAGUCCCAAAU